AUGAAAUCUAUCUCUGGCUGUCCAAUGCGGUUUGAAUCUUUGAAGGUCUUCUUCAAGAUAGUAAGAAAUGAAAGCUACUUUAAGAUUCAGAUUAUAACUCUCGAAUCCUUGGACAUAUUUGAAGCGGCUUUGAGGGAAGAAAAGAUAGACUAUUCAAAGCACUUUAGCUCCAUGAUCAAGAAGUCGGAGUCCCUUUCUCUCAUACUUAGAGACUCGGAUAUAUGUCUUCCAGGCCCUGGCAAAUACGUUCUGUUCAGUAACACGCGUCACAGGGAGUUCGUUCAGAUCGUAUUCAUCCCAACUCUGGAGGAGAAGCUUUCCAUAGUUGGGGAUAAGUAUAUUGUUCAAGCAUACAAGUACAAGAAUAUCAAUGAGCUUCUAAAGAUUGCUUCUAAAGAGGAGUCCAGAAUAGAGAGUCAUUUUGGAAGUGGAUUAGACUAUUUUGAAAGUGUGAUAAUGCUUGUUGUAAGCAGUAAGAGUAAGUUUAAGGAAAUCUUGAGCAGCUCUAGGGAAAUGGAUAGCAAGCUGGGAAAUAGUUUUUUUCUGCAGAUGAAGCUUAAUGGAUUGGUUGACAAGCUUCUUGUAGUUAGGAAUGGAGACAGGUACAGAGUAAAUACAAGCAAAUCUGUUUUGAGACACAUAGGAAAGAGGAUAGGAUAUGAUGCAGACUCUGUUGUCUAG